AUGGGGGCAGUUUUGAAUCCUGAAAUGGUGAGGGUUGACAAGUAUGGAUCCGUUGGGAAAGAAGCUUUGCUCUUUGGACACAUAUAUGAAGGUGAAGGAGGCAAAGUGAAGUAUGGAAAAAUCAAGAUUGGAGAAAGUGGUUAUGUGGGAAGCCGAAAGCUGAGGGCAAUGCCAGGGGCAAUAUUUCUCCUUUUUCUUCUUCCAUUACACAAUUUAUCUCAAAAUAAUGGUAGGGUAGCUACUAGUAGUUCUAUUACUGCAACCGAUGGAACAACCCCAUGGCUUUCACCAUCUGGUGAUUUUGCAUUUGGGUUCCAAAAACUUCAAGAUAAUAAAGAUCAGUUCUUGCUUUGUAUAUGUGCCACAAGGAUCAAGAUUCAAAGUGGUCUUAUACUUAGUGAUCCUCAGGGAACUACCCUUUGGAGAACUGAUUUGAUUGUUGGUAAUAUUGACUAUGGACUCAUGAAUGAUACUGGAAAUUUUGUUAUCAUGGGAAGUGAUUCUACUAAUCCAUUGUGGGAAAGUUUUAGAAAUCCAACUGACACUUUGUUGCCAACUCAAACAUUGGAAAGAGGAAGCUUCCUUGUUUCUCAAAAGUCAGAAGCUAAUUUCACUCAGGGAAGGUUUUAUCUUCGCAUGCUUGAUAAUGGGAAUUUGGUGCUUGUUACACAAAGUGUGCCUUCCAAUUCAGAUUAUGAUAAUGAGUACUAUAACAGUGGAACUUUUGACACAACAAAUGCAACAAAUUCUGGGGAUAAGUUGGUUUUUGAAGAGAAUGGCAUGAUGUACGUAUUGAAGCGAAACAAUCAAAGGCAAAUUCUUACUCCCCUAUCCAUUCCUUCAGCUUCGCAAAAUUACCAUCGCGUGACUCUUAACUUUGAUGGAGUUCUUAGUCAUUAUUAUCAUUCACGGAUUUCUAAUAGCAGUGGCUGGAAUAUUCUGUGGUCUCAACCGAACAAUAUAUGCAUCGAAAUUGGUGGAGAGAGAGGACCCGGGGCUUGUGGUUACAACAAUGUAUGCAAUCUUGGUACAAAUCAAAGACCAAUUUGUAACUGUCCACAAGAAUAUUCACUAGUUGAUCCGAACGAUGCUUAUGGCCACUGCAAACCAGAUUUUUCUAUAAGUUGUGAUGAAGUUGGGAAGGGUCCACCUGAAGAUUCUUACAGUAUUAUCACGAUUCGUGAUACUGGUUGGCCUAAAUCAGACUUUCAGAAAAUUAGCCCUUCAACUGAACAAGACUGCCAAAGUGCUUGUUUGCAUGAUUGUUUUUGUGCUGUUGCCACUUAUACAAGCAAUAGCUGCUGGAAAAAGAACCUGCCCUUGCGGAAUGGAAGAAUAGACACCAGUCUGAAUUUAAAAGCUUUUAUGAAAAUAAGGAAAGAUGGUGUUCCUCCUCUAAGCCCUGGUCUUCCAAAUCCAGGAUCUCGUCAAAGCAAAAGUUGGCGAAAUUGGCCAAUUAUGGCAUCCACACUCUUAGGAAGCUCUGUGUAG